AUGACCAAGUGGGGGGCACUGCGCAGCAGCAUCAUAUGGCCGCGCGAGUUCGCCUACGCCGUGGAGAACGAGGGGCAGGACAACAAGUUCGGGCACAGCUAUGUGGUCAAAUAUAACGGGAACGUCGCACACAGCAGCUUUAAGAAGGGGCUGAAUCGGGUGAGCAAACUGAUGAAGGUAACCAGACGGGUGUGUGAAAAUUUGGAGGAGCAAAACUUCCGGCAGAACGAGGACACGUUUGGGGCGGACGAGUUGGAGGCAGACCACUUCGGGGUGCACACCGGUGGGGAAAACGCGGACCAAAUUAACGAGGCGAAUCAAAUCCUCUUGCGGUUGAAUGAGGAGAAGGAGUUUUUUAAGGAAAGUCUCAGCAAAAUUCACACCAUCGAUGAGAGGUACGACAUUGCUGCGAGGGACUCGUCCGCCUAUUUCGCAGUUCGUUUGGACGAUCCCUUCAUGUGCAUCGAGGGGGACCCCCUAGUGGAGGCCCUAAAAAGGGGGCAGCAACGUGCGGCGGGUGGGCAGCGCAGUGGAGCGGAUAAGCCGCUCGGCCGAGCGGGUGAACAGCGCAAUGGGGCGAGGACCCCCCAGGUGAGGACCUUCCUGUACAACGCCAAAAUCAUCGAGUGCGACGAGACGCUGAUUGGGGAGAGGGAGUUCAUUUUUUCUGAAGCCAACACGAGCAGCCUGAAGGUUAACACGCUGAUCAACGAGGGGAAGCGCAUAAGACGGGUGCUGCACGAAUAUAAGGAGAGCUGCGGAGUGGAAGGCGAGUGGCAAGAUAGUCAGCAGGGUGUCCCCCCCCCAGGGAGGAGCGGCCGUGCAGAAGGUAGUACAACCCCUCCCCCAUGUGGGAAUGACGAAGUGACCUACGAACGGCUGGGCGUACUUCCCUACAGUGACAUCAUCCUGUUGCAAAAGAGGGAAUUUGACAAGAACAGUCACGUGGCUGCUUUUUUAACCCCCUUUGUCCUCAACGGAAAUGUGAAGGGGUUCAUCGAGAAGGUACGCCCUUACGUGGCGUACCAAUUUGAUGACAAAUUGAUAUUAAAAAAUUUAAGCAAACUGAUUAAGCUCAUGUGCCACUUGGAAGAGGAGAACGUCCUGCAUGGGAACAUCAAGCCUACCAACCUGUUCAUCGACAGCAGUGGGUUUAAUAUCCUCCUCGGGAACUUCCUUCCGAAGGUGAAGGUGACAAAUUAUUUGCACUACGUUGUUAAUGGGAGAAGAGGGCUACCCAGAUACAUCUCCCCUGAACUGCUUUCCUAUUUGAGGAGAAAAAAGCUAAUGGUGAAAAGGGGGGAGAAGAAGAAUAAACACAUUGAGAGGUACCUCGUGAAAAAUGACAUCUUCUGCUUGGGCCUCUGCUUCUACUACCUCGUGACGAUGAAGGAGGAUAUCCUCAACCACGUGGAUGACCCGCGCGCCUUUCAGCAUAAGGUGGACGAGCUGCAGGCGUGCGUCUCCCGCCCGGAGCUGCUUCUGCUUCUGCGCAGCAUGCUCGCCUACGACCACCGGGAGCGGCCCUCCUGGGCAGCGCUGCUGGCCGCGGCGCGGGGUCAGCAGUGA